AGGGCCUGGGGACUCGUCUGAGCUCGCCUUAAGCGGACAUGCCUCAUCGACGCCCACAUGGUCGGCAUCUUCGCCGAGGCCACCCAAGGAACUGUAUGCAGUAUGAGGGCGGGAUUGGCCGCUGGACUCUGAGGUUCCAAACCGCAGGUCUUGAGACGGGCUUCAUGCUUUCAAGGAGGCAGCGGCUGACCGAAUGGACGUCCGCCACGAUGGCCUGGCUGCUCAUCCUGUGCAUUGGCAUUUCUCUAGCGCACCGAAUCUGGUAUUUUGACCAGGCCGUCACAGAUGCGGCGAUCAAGUUGAGACAAUGGCAGGCGAUUAUUUUCUAUAGCGGCACGGGGUUGUUGGCAGUGAUGUUGAUCGCGGCAAAGGUGGUAGACCGCGGUCACGUGUCACCCCGAGCGGCAGUGUUGUACAUGGAGUUCACCACGCCCCUUGCGAGUAUUGUUUGCAUGUUGAUGACGAUCGGUUGCAGCCGCUACUAUCUCACGAGAAUGUUGGGAUACGACGAUCCCGCCGCAGCGUUGGGUUUCGAUCUUGGGCACAUCGACGGCCUGAACCUGAUCUCCAUCAACCUGUGUGCGUCGUUCGCGCACCUGUCUCCCGUCCGCUGGGUGUUCCUGCUCCCGCUGGAGAUUGCGCUGGUGCUGGUGUUCGAGCUGCCGGUGCUCGUGUGGGGCAGCCCUUCCCCGCAGGCGACCCCGCUCUUCCUGCUCUGUGCGGUGUGGCUGGCCCUCCUGGCCGCCGCCGGGAAGCGGCACAGCGAGCUGCAGGACCGGUUGCUCUUCCGGAGCCUGCUGUCCGAGAAGACGCGGAGGUUCGAGGCCGAGCACGAGCUCGCCAGGCGGCAGGAGCCGACCGCCGCCACAGAUGUGUCGGGCACCUCCGCGACGGGCUCCCGCCCGGAGACGACGGCCACGGCGCGAGCGUUCGACGUGGAGUGCGGUGGCGGCCUGGCGAGGAUCCGCGACAUCGGCAUCCGAGAGCAGUGGCUGAUCGAAGACACAGAGAUCAGGGCGCUGCCAGACCGAGUUCUCGGCAGAGGCGGCUUUGGCGUCGUGUUCGAGGCGCUCUACCACGACACGCCCGUGGCCCUGAAGGCGCCCAGGAGCGACCUCGAGGCGAGUCUGGUCCAGCAGAUGCUCCCCGCGCUCUGCAACGAGCUGCGGAUCAUGCGCCGGCUCCGGCACCCCAACAUCGUGUCCCUCUACGGCGCCAUCAUGGACGACAGGUUCGAGCGACUCCGCCUCGUGCUGGAGCUCGUCGACGGCGUGUCGCUGCGGCACUCCAUCCAGCCGCCGAGCGCCGAGGGCCGCGAUGGCGAGGGGCGGGGGCCGAGGCUCCAGCUCCGCGAGCGGACGCGAGUCGUGUUCGACAUCCUGGGCGCGCUGCGCUACCUACACUCGCGGACCCCAGCAAUCGUCCACGGCGACCUGAAGGACGGAGACUCCAACAUAUUCGUGCAGCAGGUGUGCGUCCAUGGCGACACCGUGACGCACGCGAAGCUGCUGGACUUCGGCUUGGCGCGCCUGCUCACUCGCUCGGCGGUGCCUCUGGGGGGCACCACGCGGUGGAGGGCCCCAGAGCUGUUUGUGCAGGACAUCCGGCCAGACCCAGCAGCGGACGUGUACUCGUUCGGCCUGCUCAUGUUCUUCAUCUCGACCGGGGCGACGCCCUUCGAGGGCGUCGCCUCCAACGAGCUGGCCCGAAGAAGACAUCCCGAAGACGGCCGCUCUUUCUAUCCUGGCCUGAUGGCCCCAGCGACUUGCAUAGCAUGCAGUGCUGGUGCAUCGCGUCGGUGGAGCGGUGCACGCAGGUGUGGCCAGAGCAGCGGCCGACCGUUCAGGCUGUGCGUCAUGAGCUCGAUCGAAGUCUCGACAUCCUGCGCCGGGCCUCAGCUCGAGGAAGGAAAGACUGCACAAACAUAGCUGUCGGAGCUGCGCGCGGAUUCGUUGGAUCUGGG